GUGUAGUGGGUCAAGAAAUUCAGCGUCUGCUUCUGCCCGGCGCAGUAGUAGACAACACGCUUGUUUUUAUUAGAACUAGAAUUCCUAUUUUCAGUCUGUUCGUUUUCGUUUUCACUGAGCCAACCACCAAAUAUUUUUUCGUCUUUUGAAACUGAUUACGACAUAAGCGGAAAUUAAUAUUUCGGAAAAACAAAAUAAUGGCUAACAAGGAUAAACAGAUCGCAAUUGUUGAUGCAGGCAACAAGGAAGUUGAAGCCGAGAGCACAGAGGAAACAACACUUACAGAGAUACACAAGGACUUAGGUCAUAUCAAAUCUUUGGAGAAAAAGGCAGAGUUCGAGGAGCACAACAAGGAGAGCAUAGUGGAGGAAAACCGUUCUCAGAAAUCAGAGAGUAACCGACAAGUGACCCAAAGUGUCAAACACGAAGUAUCUUCUGAUGGAAGACAGGAAGGCCCUCUAAAUGACAGCACAAAUACGGAAGUAACAACGAUUCCGAAUUCUUGCAAACCAUUCACACCGAUGGAACCUUUCGACAAUUAUGCAGUAACUGAAUCGCAUGAGCGUGAAGAAAAAAACGAACAAACAAACAACCUGAAGAUAACUUGUCCAACUCGUUCUGAAGAACAAAACCAACAGGAAUUGAAAAAGAAUGUCGAAACAUACGAGCUUCCUGAAUACUAUAAACCUGUUGAAAUAUUGACACCUCUGGAAUUAGACGAGUUUUUGUACGAUACUAGUACUGUUAAUAAACGCAAUGAACCAAAGGCAACUGUUCAAGAAAUAGGGGAUUUCAAGAAUAAAAAAAUUGAGAAUAGCCUUCGUGAGAUAAUAUCGGAUCUGGAUUACUAUACAGAGAAAGAAAUGGAAUCGAAGGAGUCCAGGGAGUUGUUUACAGAUAAAUGGAAAUAUCAGGAUGAGAAUACUUCACACCCAAUCAAUGUUGAUAAGAUACUCACCCCGGCGCAGGAAAGUGAAUUGAAAAUGGCCCCUAGAAAAAAAAUGUUUGCAAAUUCUGCAUUCUACGCGAAAGGACUUCAUCCCACCAUGGAAGAACAAGUUGAGCUGGCUAAGAGAAUUUCAAGUUCUCUGAGUGAUAUCAGCAAUCAGACAAGUAAAGGGCAGUCUAUGUAUGUAAAUAGAAAAAAGAGGUCAGUCAAAUGGGUGCACGAAGGAGAAGGUGAAAGAACCAAUGGAUCAGAAAAUGGUAACAAAAACAGUUCCUCGGAAAGGAACCCUCUCAAACUUGUUAUGAAUCCUCAUGGACAAGUCCAAGAUAUAAAUUCGCUAGGAAAACAAGGAUAUAAUUACGAAUCAAUUCUCUCUCCAGAUAUUUGCCUUUCUAUUGUCAAAGAUCUGAAUUCUCCGAAAGGAAAAGGUGCCGAGUUAUUUGCAAAGCGUCGAAAGAGAUCAGAAAAGUGGGUUGUAGAAGAGAAACCUAAACGUGAAAAAGAAACGAAUUCAACGGAACCUCAAAUUAACUACCAGCAGCCUCCGUCAACAUUGUAUAACAAUCAUUCCCAAGGAACUCAACAAAUUCAACACUCGGACAACGGAAAUCAGGAUAAUCUGCUACGUCCGAAAGUGAAGUUAAUAAAAUCUCCCUGGGAAGCUGCUCUGGAAACUGGAUCUGUAGAAGCGGCAUUUGAAAGUUACCCAUCAUUAGGAGUUUCGAAAGGAAAUUUUGUGGCACCUGUUGUUGAGUCCUACGAGAAAGGUUUGAGAACAGGCAACCUGGCGUCAGCGAAAGGAAUAAAUCAUAAUGGCCAAUACAACCAAAAUAAGGUUUUCGCUCACAAUCCAGCCUACAAUAGUUCGAGCAUCAACAGAGCAGUCGAUAACUUGAGAAAGGGAGUUUCGAACGUUGACGUGUACAAGCCAACACUUCCCUCAGCUUGGAAUUCGAGAAGUACAACAAGUGAAACCUUAAAACAGCAUGCAAAUGAAGAGCGAGAAAAUUUCUACACAACCGAUUCAAAAUUUGAUCUCCCGCGAAGUGAAAAAACAUUCUCAGAGCACUCAACCGGAGAUUUCAUUCAUCAGCCAAUACAAUAUCCGUCAACAACUGGCGACUCAUCGAAUGCUAGCUCAUUACAAAACCCAGAAAAUAUUUCUUCAACAAUGGAAUUAGAUUCUAGUUGCUGUGGGACAGGUGGAGAGAAAAUAGAAAAAACCAUCGCAGAAAAUAUCGAGAUACAUGAACUUCAACAAAACUUUGCGUCUUCUGACGUAUCCAACACGAGUGUGAGAUACGAGAAAUCUUUCGUGCCUUAUGCUCCAAGAGAAAGGAUUAAUUUUUGGCAACCAAGUCAUAAAAUAACCGACAACGCAUCCAAGCCAGAGUUCGGUUUUGCAUUGGACGGUGACUCCAGAGUAGUUGAGAAUAGUUUCACAAGAUCGACCUCAAAUUUAUUGACAUUUCAAUCUGCUAAUUUCGAGAGCGAAGGCCAUUUUGUGGCUGACAGGGCGAAGUCUCCUCUGCCAAUUUUCAUACCCGAAUCACGCUCUUUAUCUGAGGAGCCAGCAGAAAAUUUAACUGUGUCAAUCCAACCUCUUGUUAAGUAUAUAGGGGAAGAAGUGAAGAAUCCAGUUUAUGAAGAUCACGUAAGAAAAAUGGUACUGACAGGAAACAAAGACAAAAUGAAGGUCAUUCAAGGUCAAAAAUCUUGCUUCUCCGAAUUGCAGGAAAUUGAAGGCGCGUACAGGUCCGCAAAUUCUCCGCUAUCAGAAAAAAACGAUCAACAAAUGAGAAUCAUGGAGAAGAUACAUACUUUUAUUCCCGCUGCGCAGAACGAUCUAGAGGAGAAGUGGGCUUCAGAACGACAGGACAUGGAAGAAGAUUCGAGAAUUCGUAUUGAAACGCUACGUGAAAGUGGUGAGAAGUACAAUGCUGUCGCAGAGGAACAAGAAGUGUGUUCGACAAAAAAUAAUAAUAAUCUAGGAAAUGAAUUCGAUCGUGAAUAUGUAGAUUUAUCGGGUAAAAUCGAAACCAACGAGACUGAAGAAAAUAAACUCAAUACCAAGAGUUCCGAAGGCGAUCAAGAAAAUUCACCGCAAGUAUUGGUGAAAGAGAAUUGUCAAGAAGAAAUGAUUGAAAAUACUGAAGCACACAUGCAAGGUAAAUCGACUAACGAUACCUCUAACGUGAAAAAAGCUCCAGUGGUGAAAGAGAAUGGCAACAAAGCUAAUGAAGAUGAUAAAAUGCCCACACAUUUCUGCAAGAAGGCUCCAGAAGCAGUCAUCGGCGCGAGACCUCUAUUUGGCCAACUUGACAUAAACAAGGAAUUCAUUAAGGCAUUUACUGGUAAAGAAAAAUUGAUGAAAACGAAAAAGAAUAAGGAAAUCUUCCAGUGUACUCAUAAAGCUUCCACACCCACCACAAAAAUUGAACGUAGCAUGCCUAAUUCAGAACCAAGUGCCAACUAUCAUCCUCCAAAACAUUCUGAUAUAAUCGAAAACGCCAAAGUGACAAAAACAAUGGUUAUGGAUCGAGAUUACAAGGAUGUGCAAAAACAUUUUGUUGAUAACGCCGGGAACUAUUCGAAAUUAUCUGGUUAUAUGAAAAACGAACAAAAAUCUGACGUAGAAAUUAUCAGACCCAACGAAAACGAGGAGAUAGAAAAAAUCUAUUAUGAGAGGGAAAGAGCGUUGAGUAUUGACCUCCAAACAAUUGGGGAAGAACUGAAACCAACCGAUAUCCAGACAAUCAUCGACAAAGAAAUUUCCAACUUGACCUUGAAUAAUGCGAAUAUGUAUAGAAAUCUGGAAAUGAGAAACAGCGAAAAUCGGAAACAAGAAACAAACUUUAACGUAAGAUUUGAACAGGAACGCAGUGACGAUUACGAAGAAUAUCAUAAGGUGCCUGUCAGAUCCAUAAUAGAAAAUUUCGAACAAAAUUCCAUGCCUCCCCUCAAAAUAAAAGAACAGAAUUAUCCAAUUUCACUCAAUGGGAAAAACAGAUUAUCUGAAUCAUUGUCAUCUUCUCAUACGUUUGUUGCUCAAGAAGCCAGACAAUUCGAUGGCUCCCAACUGAACACCUCAAGUAUUGGAAACCUUCGAGAAUCUAUGAGCAUUGGUAGUCGAAAUAUUACUAAUAAUACUUCUGAAACUUUUUUGAAUGAACAGAUGAGAAGACAAGAAAUAUUUCAACACUCCGAGAAUAGUUUCUUCCGUGAAUACGACAUGCGCCAAUCAUAUUCCCAGAAGGAUCUCUCCGAUUCCUCCCAUUUUGCUGAAACUAAAACGUACCCAGCUUUUUCCCACAGCAGGGAGCUUUCGCAAGAUACUCUGCCGAGACAGAUAUCCAGACCAGAAUUCGCUCCUAGAGCUGCAUCCAGUGAUAGGAGUUUCGAUGACUAUAGCAGUCCUAUAUCGAAGGGAUAUUCAUCACAAUACAUGACUCAGGAAGUCUCACCUUCUUGUCAAUAUUUGAACAACAAAGCACCAAUUCGGAGCGUAGCAGCACCUGAACCAGUUAAAAAAAUCGACUUUUUAUCUUUGCAUAACUACAAUACAGCACCAAGGGGAUGGACCAGAAAUGAGAAUAUUUACCGGCCAAUUAUGUUUUCUAAUUCAUUCUCAGAUUUUUGAAAUUUCAUAGAAUAGGUUUCAUUGAUAUAACAUUAAAGCUAUUUUAUGUGUACUUAUUUGUUUUUAUGAUCAGUGACGUCCAACUGUACUUAAAUAGGUACCAGCCUUUUAUCAGUUUGCUUCAUUCGUUGUUGUGUUAAUAUAUAGAUCAUGUUAUUUAUGGAUUGUUUCAUUCGCUUAGAUAUAAGUAUAGAAGAAGCUUCAAAAUAGUAACAAGAAUAUUUCCCUGUUAAGCAAGAAACAAACAUGAAUGUAAGAGUUUUCUUCAAAUUAAUAGUUAUUAUUUCGAAACGUCUAACAGUAUUAAUUGUUGUAACCUUACAUUUUGCAUAUCACAGUUCAACUGUUUUUUGUGGUGUCUGAAAUAAGUGAGUUUUGUUAUAAUAGAGUUAGUGUCUCUAAAUACAGUGCGAUUAUGUAAUAGCACUGGAUUGAAAUCUGAAUCGUGAUUAGGCAGAUGUUAUCAUUAACCGAUAAAAUCUUAGGAUUAUUGAACAACUCUAUUUCUUAUUAAAGCUAGUCAAUUAUGAUUUGAAUAGACAGAACAAAAUAACUAUUUUGGAACAACCAAAUAUUAUUACCUGCAUAUUGAAAAUUGUUGUAUCGAAAUAAAGUUGUCAGUUUUA